AUGGCUGAACCCGCACAGCAACAAGAUGAGAGUGGUCGUGCUCAGUGGGAAACGUGGAAGUGGCAAAUCGAACUUUGUUUGAAAGAACAGUGUCUUUUUACGAUUGUUGACGGUACACGGCAACGAGACAACGCGCGCGCGGCUCGUAUUCUGGGUACGGCACUGGACGAAGAAGCUGCAAUUUACGUUCGCAAAAAGACUGACGCCAAAGAAAUAUGGGAUACACUUUUAUCAGUGUUCGAACAAUCCUCUUUGCAGCGCCUGUACACGCUAUUCGACAGUUUCUUCGAAAUCACGAAAGAUGACGCUACUUCAAUCACCAAACACGCAUCCCAAUUGGCAAAUUUGUUCGAUGAUAUUCUCGCAAAACUUCAAAAGGGCAAUCCUCAUGCAACGCUCCCGGUAUCUUUACUGCAUCACAGAAUUUUCAAAACGCUCGGUCCUGAAUAUCAAUAUUAUCGUUCGACUUGGUAUCGCGUUCCUGAACCUGAGCAGAUAACAAAACUUCUGAUCGAGAAUCUCCGAUCAAUUGAAAAUUCACUCUCGUCGCAUUCGUCCGGUUCUUUCUUUGCUAAAUCUAAAUCUCAACAACACACACACAAGAAACAAAACAAAAAUUCUCAAAAUUCAUCUGCAACAAGCAAGAAGGAGAAGCGCGCAUGUUUGUACUGCAAGAAAUUUGGUCAUGUCAUCAGUAAUUGUCGGAAACGUGAGGCUGCAGAACAAAACAAGCAAACAGAUGGUGACAAAACGGAACACAAACAACACCCCAGAGGAGGCUCGUUUUUCGCUACAGGAUUGGCUGUCAACACCGAUGUCGCUUUAGUUGACAACUGGAUCUCGGACUCCGGUACAACGCACCACAUAUCGGCAAACAAGCAGCAUUUUGAUACUUUCGAGAAGUUCCCAAUUCCAUAG